AUGAACCCUCACAAAGCCAAGAAGAUCGAUAUCAAUUCCCUCUCCCCUGAAGAGCAGCGGCUCUUCCGGCUGUACGGCAAGCUGCCCAGCCGCAGCGACCACUUCGCCAAGCAUCUCAAGGAGCGCAAGUACUUUGACAGCGGCGACUAUGCCAUGAGCAAGGCCGGCAAGGGCGACAGCGUGGACGCCGGCGCCGUCGGCUCGCAGCAUCCCGUUCCUGAGAAGAUCCCGCACCUGACGACUCCCGUAUCGGGACCCAACGGCAUCGGCAGUUUGCUGCAUCCCCAUCUGCACCAGCAGCACCAUCCUAGCAUGUCGGCCGGCAGCCCGGUUAAGGAGAGCAGCUUCCUGCAUCGCGAGACGAGCGCUGAGGAUCUGGAGCGUGAGGAGGAAGAGGAACGCAAGAGGGCCGAGGCCGAGCAGCAGGAGCGGCAGCAGCAGGACGGUCAGCAACAAGCCCAGGAGGAUGGUGCUUCCAAUGAGACUUCAGCCAGCCAGCAACGGUAA